AUGACAGUAAAAAGAAAAAAUAGUUUAAUUAAAAAUGCAAAUAUUAAAAAAUGUUGUAAUUGUGUGAAAUCCACUUUAAUGAAAGAACCAUCAAAUAUUUCUCAAUGUGUAAUGAUUGGGAAAGAAAUUAAACCAGUAAAAAUAUGUUUUUCAAAAGAAAAAUUAUUUCAAGAUGAACCAAAUUCACAAAACCUAAAGGAUUUUAUUGUUCCUUUAUCAAAAUCAAUGGUUUUUACACUUUUUGUUUUCUCAAGAAUUGUGGGACUAAUUCAUUCAAGUAUUUUUGAUGGUACUGAAAAAGAUGAGAUAGUAAAUUAUCUAUCAGUUUUAUUUAAAGAUUUAGAUAAUAAUACCAUUAGAAAUGUAAUCGAUAGAUUAAAAAAUUCAAAUUAUGAACCAGAGUUUGAUUUGGACUAUGAAGUUAUUGUAAAAACUAUACAAAUUAUAGAAGAAAUUAAACCAGACUGGGAAGGUGCUAAACUUUCAGAUGAACCAUUGGUUAUUGAUCAACAAAAAGAAAUAAAUGAUAAUAAUCAAGAUGAACUGUAUGAUGAACCACCAGAUGAACUUGAUGAUUUAGAAAUAAAUACAAAUGAUGACAAUAAUUUGGGGAAUUUCCAACAGCACCAUCAUGAUCCAAAUAUUUUAUGUUUGGAUUAUUAUUUUUUUACAUAUUUAUUUAGGGCAAUUUUGGGAUGUAAUUUAAAAUCGUCAUCAUAUUGGGUUAGACUAUUGGAUAGAGGAAAAGUUAAACCUCACUUGGUAAUAUCAGUACAAUCCAGAAUAAAUUAUAUUCCAAAAAUAGAUAGGGGUUAUAAUUAG